CUUACUUUUGUGAAGCAUAUUGUCCUUGUGCUAUUUAUUUAUUAACUACCUUGUUGACUGAAAUGAAUGUAACAUACAUCACUCUUGAUGGCUAUGUGGAGGUUGAAAAAUACAGAUAUGUUUACUUUGUUGUCAUGUUUACAAGUUACCUUUUGAUCCUGUCCAGCAAUACUACAGUUGUUUGCGUGAUUGUGAUUCAAAAAAACCUCCAUGAGCCUAUGUAUAUUUUUAUUGCUGCUUUGUUAAUUAACACAAUGCUUUACAGCACUGCUGUCUACCCAAAGCUGUUGAUAGACUUUUUAUCUGAAAAACAGAUUAUAUCUUUUCCGGUCUGUCUCUUCCAGAGUUUUUUAUUCUAUUCUUUAAGUUGUUCUGAAUUCUUACUGUUAACAGCCAUGGCUUAUGACAGAUAUGUGUCCAUAUGUAAACCUCUGCAAUAUCCAACCAUUAUGAGAAAAACACUAGUGAAUAUUUUGCUUUUUUUAGCUUGGCUUGUACCUGCUUGUUAUGUUCUUGUGCCAUUCAUUGGAUUUGCCAAUUUAAAACGCUGUAGCCUUACUUUGAAAGGCAUUUUUUGCAACAAUUCAAUGAUUUAUCUUUUCUGUGUGGUUUCAAGGGCAAUAUUGGUUUAUGGUGUAGUGGUUCUAUUCAAUCUCAGUCUUCUUCCGAUGCUUUUUAUACUAUUCAGUUACACAAUGAUACUUAUAGUAGCUUACAGAAGUUGUGGUGAAGUCAGGAAAAAAGCAGCACAGACGUGUUUACCUCACCUGUUGGUUUUAAUCAACUAUUCUUUCUUGCUUACUUAUGAUGCAAUUAUAGUUAGACUAGAAUCUGAUAUUUCAAAGACAGUGCGUUUUGGAAUGACAAUGCAAAUAAUAAUGUGUAGUCCUCUUUUUAAUCCAAUCGCUUAUGGACUUAAAAUGAAAGAAAUUUAUAAACACCUUAGAAGGAUAUUCUAUCAUGUUAUGGGAAAGCAAUUGCUUAAUUAGGCUUUUGUUGUUUAUGUCAUUGGAUUUAUACCUUUUGUUUGUUUCCCACCUAGUUUACUUGGUAAUGGCUGUCGCUGGUGGGAUUUCAUUUGGAGACUUUUGAAAAAGUAUAGCUAAACAUUGGCUGUCAAUACUAGAAUAUUACUAAUCCGAUGCUUCAAAGAAUAAUUUAAUUUAUGCACAGAACAGUUUUAUUUGCUUUAGUCACUGUGUUUCAAGGAUAUUUUUCCAAAUGCUGUACUGCUUUUAAUAACACUUAAAAUAUCAAUGUAAUCUUUGUAAUUUAAUCUCAUACAGCCUUAAAAUGAAAGAAAUCUCAUAACAGCUCAAAUAGUUGUUCUAUAAAACUAAAGAAAGGCUAUGCUGCUGUGAAAUUGUCCAUUUGCCUUUUAUUGUGAAAACACUUUUCUUUAAACUUGUCACAUAUUUUAUUCACAAUUCCUAUUCUUGGUGUGAAUCUAUGUAGGGAUAUUUUAUUAAGUACAGAGAAAAAGCAUAGUCGCCAAAACCAAAAAUAUCAGAAACUGUCUUCUCAGAUUACUCAUAUUUACAUUCAAUAUUUGUAUUAAACUGUGUCUUGCAAAAACUCCUGAAUGUUUUCAAACUUUGUUGUAAAAGUUUUCAAACUUUGUUGUAUUUUAGUAGUAUCUGAUCUGGUAGACCACCACAAAUUAGUUUAGAAUUAUGACAUGGUAAGAAAAUACAUUGUGGUUUUCUGUCAGGAUCCCAGUGGUGUAAUAAAUCAUGGUAGCUCCCUGGGGAUCCUGCAGUCUGUGGUUAC